UUCAGUCACACAUUAUUUGGAUUCCAGAUGUUCGAAAUGUUGCAGGAUAUGUCCUAUGGAAAGCUAAAGCUACUCUUUAUAAAUAUAGUAUCUGUAUUGUACAAGGCGACCUCCUUGAAUAUCCAUCGAUUACACCCGGAUAUGCGUGACGUCAAACUGGUGGUGAAUGCGGCCAAGCAGGAGACCUGGAUACAAGAGCUUUUCAUAUUCCUUAUAUCCAGUCUGAUCCUGCUGCGCUUCCUACUGUGUUUUGUUGGACUAGCAUCAAAUAUAAUUGCAAUCUAUCCAAUCUUGACAAAUUCCCAGCCUGAACUGCUGAUGCCCACAAUCAUUGUGCAGCUGCUCGACAAUGUGGCGUUGAACAUCUACGAAAUUGUUUUGGGCUACACCAGUAUAAAGUAUUUGUACUCGCAAUCAUACGCGGUUUUUGCGGUAUUCUUCGCUAAAAUGAUCAUAAAAACCACCUGCUCUGUAUCGGUGCUCAAUAUGUACACGGAAAAGCAACAUCAAAUUGUGUCACAAGUGACCUACGACGAGAACGGCGCCAGUCUUGAGCACGAAAGCAACGAAGAAUUUGAAAUAGCCCAUUAUCACUUUCGGCCCAUCAAUUCGUAAUAAAGCGUGGGCGUAAAUUAAAUAGUGAAA